GUCAUAUGACGGAAAUGAAACUGGCACAGUUUAGCGGAAAGGAACUAAAACGUCGUUGUAUUACCGAGCUGCCUGUGGGACAUUUGGACUUUGUGCAGUGAUACUUUGUGUUGUUCCGUUUCUGGACACACAGUCAGGGGAACUGUAAAUGUGACGCUCCUUCAGCAUCCUCAUUUGAGCAGCUGCAGUUUGCGGGGAAGCUCACCUGUCUGUCAUCAUGCUAACCGUGUUUGUUGUUGUCGUUGCUCUUGUUUCUCAAACUGCGGCUCGCUACACCCCAGACUGGACGAGCCUGGACGCCAGGCCGUUGCCCUCAUGGUACGACGAAGCCAAACUGGGAAUUUUCAUCCACUGGGGCGUGUUUUCUGUGCCCGGCUUUGGCAGCGAGUGGUUCUGGUGGCACUGGCAGGGCCAGCAGCCCCCGGACCAGAAAUAUGUGAACUACAUGUCCCAGAACUACCCACCGGGCUUCACCUACCCAGAGUUUGCUCGUCAGUUUCACGCACAGUUCUUCAAUCCGGAUGAGUGGGCGGAUAUUUUCAAAGCUUCUGGUGCAAAGUAUGUGGUCCUGACUGCCAAACACCACGAAGGCUUUACUAACUGGGAGUCUCCAAACUCAUGGAACUGGAAUUCUGUUGAUACUGGUCCUCACAGGGACCUGGUGGGAGACCUGGCAGAGGCAGUGCGCAACAGGUCACUGCACUAUGGACUCUACAAUUCCUUGUAUGAGUGGUUUCACCCUCUCUAUCUCAUUGACAAGAAGAAUGGCUUCAAAACGCAGGAGUUUGUGCUGCAGAAACUACUUCCAGAGCUUUAUAACAUGGUUGUAAGGUAUCGACCUGAAGUCAUCUGGUCUGACGGAGACUGGGAAGCACCUGACACCUACUGGAACUCUACCGAAUUCUUGGCCUGGCUCUACAACGACAGCCCGGUUAAAGAUAUCGUUGUGACUAAUGACCGAUGGGGAGCUGGCUGUGCCUGUAAACAUGGCGGCUACUACAACUGCGAGGACAAGUACACGCCGGGCCAGCUGCCCACACACAAGUGGGAGAAAUGCACAUCUGUGGAUACUCUUUCCUGGGGUUACCGUCGAAACAUGAAGAUGAACGAACUUUUGCCAUUGGCUGCGAUUAUCGAGGAUCUGGUCCGCACUGUGGCUUUUGGGGGUAACUACCUUCUGAAUGUGGGUCCCACACCUGACGGGAUGAUCCCCCCUUUGUUUGAGGAGAGGCUAAGAGGUGUUGGAGACUGGCUGGAGGUCAACGGGCAGGCCAUUUACUCUUCCAAACCCUGGAGGGUGCAGUCAGAAAACACCACUGUACCAGUUUGGUAUACAUCUAAGGGGUUGACAGUCUAUGCCAUCCUAACAGCCAAACCCCCGAUGAGCACAGUGAAACUGCUGGCACCCAAAACUUCAGCCAUCACACAGGUGUUCUUGGUGGGGAAUCCCACACCUUUAUCUUGGGCCCCAGUCAACCCCGGUGGUGGCCUUGUUGUCCUUUUGCCAGAGCUGCCUUACACUCCUGCUCAGGCAUGGACGCUUGAACUGGACUUAGUGCACUUCAACUUCCUAUAAACCAACUUUCCUCUGACUGGCCUUUUCUCGCAAACAGAAGGGUUGAACUGAAGGUGGGUGGGGCUUCUGUGCUCACAGCCACGAGCUGUGCACCUGAGAUGGCCAUAUUAGGGAUACCUGAUGUCUUCUAUAUCCUACGGAGCCAAGAACAGAAAAACCAUCAGAAACCAGUGCUUAUUUCAGUUUUUGUUUUGUAUAGCCUUUUACCACUGUAACAGUUUAUAUAG